AUGAUUCUAACUGGAAAUGACAUUAAUGGAAUGGAGGAGCUUAAAAGACUAAUAACCCAAGAAUUUAAGGUAAAAGAUCUUGGUCAGAUGAGAUACUUUAUGGGUAUGGAAUUUGCAAGAACCAAGCAGGGGAUUUCAAUCUCUCAACGUAAGUAUGUUAUUGAUCUACUCAAAGAGACUGGUAUGUUCGGAUGUAAACUAGCAGCAACCCCAGUGGAACCCAAAGGGAAGUACAAGAAGAAAGAAAAGGAGAAACCUGUAGACAAAGGGAUGAUAUUAUGGUAUCUAAAAAAGACAUCUAGAAAAGGACUGUUGUUCAGAAAAAAUGGAGAAAGAGGCAUAAAAGCUUUCACUGAUGCAAACUGGGCAGGUUCAAUUGAGGACAGAAGAUCAACAUCUGGAUAUUGUACCAACGUAUGGGGAAACCUUGUUACUUGGAGAAGCAAGAAACAACCUGUUGUUGCAAGAAGCAGUGCUGAAGCUGAGCUUAGAGCUCUUGCUCAAGGAGACUGGAGUUCGGGGAAGACGAUUGGCAGUGCUAGGAUGAUUUAUGAUCUCUAUUAUUUUGAAGAUAAUAUUUCUAAGAAUAAAAUUGCUCAAGCGUUUAGUAGCAUUAGCUCUUUUUCUGUUCAUGAUCAAAUAAUGGUUUGGCAUUAUAGAUUAGGCCAUCCUAGUUUCUCUUAUUUAAAACAUUAA